CUGGAUUCCAACUCGAAAUCCGGAUAAUAUUGUCGUCAAUCCCUUGCUGGUGAAACGCCAAAAGCUGGCGUCAACGCGAACACGAUUCCGCUAUACUGUCGCCACUCUGCCUCUUGUUGACCGUCGUACUAGGCCUAAACUUUGCAGUCCUCAUCGUAGUCCACAUCACGAACGCGCCCUUCAUGGUGUUUUCUACUCCAGCGCCGUCAAUGCUGCCAAUUCAUGUGCACUGGGCGCACGCCGUGAACUCUCAAGCAUCGCUGGCCUCGGCCUUGGCCCAAGACCAAGCCAUCGAAGCCGACAUAUUACUCAACUCGGACAACAUACCUGUGAUGGCCCACCCGCCGGCCAUCGACAGCGACCUCACCUUGCGAGCCUUCCUUGCCCAGGUGGAACCUGGCGUAGGCGUUGUCAAACUCGACUUCAAGAGCGAUGCCGCGUUCCAACAAGCGCUGCCAUUGCUUCGUGACUUGAGUUUGCCACUCAAGUCACGUCUUUGGAUCAAUGCAGAUAUCCUCCUAGGAAGUAAUGCCGAAGAGCCCAAGUUCUCCGCCCCGCAUUUCGUCGCCGAGGCAAUCCGCCUUCGCGUGGGAAAACUCAGCUUGGGCUGGACCACCUCCAAGCACAGCACGGAAUACACACCAGCCAUGGUUCGUGAGAUGCUGCACCUUCUCUCUGAAUACGACUCCUCCAUCGCUGCCACAUUUCCCAUCAAGGCCAGUUUGGUCCGCGGCAGCUGGGAAGCUCUCAAGGCUCUGUAUGCAAAUCCUGCAUUUGGCAUGACUCUGUGGCUGAAUGAAGCCCUAAGCGAAGGCGAUUUGGUCUGGCUAUACGAAACGCUUGAGACUUCGUCUCUGCAAGGACGCACGUACUAUGACUUGCACGGAUGGAACGCCCUCGUCCGGCACAAGGGAUGGUGAAAGGAACGGUGUAAUUUCCACGGAAGUGUCCACUUUUAACGUCAUAAAUUGAUUUUAACAGUACUGGAAUAACACUAAGCCAAUCACUGAG